AUGAUGCGUGUUUUUAUAUUGAUCUGUGUUUCAUUGCUCAUACAAUUGGCCUCAACCCACGACGAAGAUGUCCAUACAGUUCAGUAUAACGAAGAAACUUUUCCCAUUGAAGUGCCAAAAAAAAAUCACUUUAUCAUGUUCUACGCUCCAUGGUGUGGACACUGCCAAAGAUUAGCUCCAACAUGGGAAACCUUAGCUGAAAUGUUAAACGAAGAAGAGGAUAGUCGUGUUAAAAUUGCUAAAGUUGAUUGUACAACUGAUAGCUCUAUUUGUUCCGAACAUGAUGUCACGGGUUAUCCUACUUUGAAAUUCUUCAAAACUGGUGAGAAGAACGGCAUCAAGUUCCGAGGCACUCGCGAUUUACCAUCAUUGACUGCAUUUAUUAAUGAACAAUUAGGAAGCAUACCCAAGGAUGCUGAGUUAGACUCAACAAUCCCAGACCCGGUUAAUGGUCUGAUCGAAUUAACAGAUGCAACAUUCAACGAUCAUGUAGCUAAAGGUUAUCACUUUGUUAAAUUCUACGCACCAUGGUGUGGUCACUGCCAAAAACUAGCACCAACAUGGGACGAGCUUGCCAAAAGCAACAGCCAUGACACAUUAGUGAAUAUCGCCAAGGUUGACUGCACGCAGUACCGCUCCGUUUGCGAGCAGUUUGAUAUCAAAGGAUACCCGACAUUGCUGUGGAUUGAGAACGGUAAGAAAAUAGACAAAUACUCAGGCGGUCGCAGCCAUGAGGAGCUCAAAGAGUACGUUGCUAAAAUGCUACAAAAGAGCACCGACAAAGUUGACGAGAGCGAUGAAGCUGUAAACGAUAACAUUCAGUCGGUAUUGAACCUCACUGGUGAGACUUUUGAGCACGGAAUUGAAAAAGGAGUCACCUUUAUCAAGUUCUUUGCACCCUGGUGUGGACAUUGCAAGCGUUUGGCCCCAACCUGGGAGGAUUUGGGUAAAAAAUUCAUCGACAACCCCAAUGUCCAUAUCGUUAAAGUUGACUGCACUCUGUCGACCAACAAGCAAUUGUGCGACGAUCAAGAAGUCGACGGAUUCCCGACGCUUCUGUUGUACAAAAACGGACAGAAGAUUGAUGAGUACAAUGGAUCUCGUACGCUCGACGACCUUCAUGAUUUUGUCGUUGAGCGUUUACAAUCUCACGAUGAAUUGUAA